UGGUUCCGCUUUGCGGCUGCAUGGCUAGGCUUCCUGGCUUACGUCAUUUUGAACGAGCCGGAAGUGCUGUGUACACGUGUGUGAAGAGGAAAAUACGAGAUGUCUGCCUUAGACAGAGUAGUAAAGCCCAAGACGAGGAGGGCCAAGAGGUUUUUGGAACACAGGGGACCCAAACUUACCGAAAAUGACAAAAGUACUAUGCUUAUUAAAGGGGGCAAUGCUAGCAAUACUGUAACACAAGCUUUAAAGGAUCUGCAUGCUCUAAAAAAGCCAUCAUGUGUUUUAUAUAAAAAGAAAAAUAUGACAAGACCGUUUGAAGAUCAGACAUCGGUGGAAUUUUUCUCAAAGAAAUCAGACUGCUCACUGUUUGUGUUUGGUUCCCAUAACAAGAAACGCCCUAACAACCUGAUCUUUGGUCGCAUGUAUGAUUUCCAUGUGCUGGAUAUGGUUGAGCUAGGAAUGGAAAAAUAUGUGUCUUUAAAGGAGUUUAAGAACUGCAAAUGUCCUGAAGCCACCAAGCCUCUGCUGAUAUUUGCUGGAGAUGCAUUUGAAAUGAAUGAGGAUUACAAGCGCCUGAAAAGCCUCAUGAUAGACUUCUUUCGAGGACCCACAGUGUCUGGUAUACGACUAGCAGGCUUGGAGCAUAUAUUGCAUUUCACAGCAGUGGGUGGGAAGAUUUAUAUGCGCAGCUACAAAGUGUUAAUGAAGAAAUCUGGGUGCAGAACCCCACGCAUAGAACUGGAAGAAAUGGGACCUUCAUUUGAUUUUGUGAUGAGGAGGACACAUCUGGCUUCUGAUGACCUAUACAAGCUAUCUUUGAAACGUCCUAAAGCCUUGCAGGCCAAGAAGAAGAAAAACAUUUCGCACGAUACUUUUGGUACUAAAUAUGGCCGAAUUCACAUGCAAAAACAGGAUCUGGGCAAAUUGCAGACCCGUAAAGUUAGGGCGCUAAAAAAGAGGCCAGCAGAGAAGAUUGCAAAAGCAAGUGAAGACGGAACCCCAAAAAGGAGGAAAGCAAUUGAAUAGGGGUUUAGUUGGUUCUAGAGGACAGUUUAUCCUUUAAGCAUGCCUUUUUUUUAACAGGACUUACAUACUGGGCUAAAGCUUGUCAUGCCCGGUGUUAUCUUUUCUAACAGAAACCUUACUCCAACCAUAAGUUUCACCCUCUAAGAGAAAAUUGGGUGAACCUAUUAUUGUGUAUUUGCAAGCACCAAAAGUGUCAAUUGUGAAAGAAAGGGAAUACCUAGAGCAUUGAAUGAUGGAGAACUACCUUGAAGAAACCAAAAUCUAUCAGAAUUAGUUUGGGCUUCUAGUUAAUUGCCUAUACAGGAUUUAUUCAAAAUUAUUUUGUUUAUAUUAAGACAACUCUUAUAUGUAAAAUAUUUGUGGUCUGUUUCCAUUGAAUAGGUAAUUACCAUGUGCUCUGGAAACAGCGCUAUCCGUUUCACAAGAGAUUUUGUAUUGCAGUUACAGUAUUUGUCAGCCUGUACUUGUUACUAAUGGCUCCAUAUUGUAAUGGAAUCCCAUAUUAUUUGCAUGUGCUGGCUUCAGUUCUGUUGAAACUGGUUGAUGUACAAUUUCUUCUCUAAUAUAAACUGAUUAUUUCUUUUCUGUUUGAUGUAUUUAUGGAACAAAAUGCGUUAACAAAUAUAGUCACUAGAGGGCAGUGUACUAUGGACAAAAUGUAAUUCAUCAGCAGUAAGUUAGAACAGUGGUGCUCGUUUAAAGUUGACUUUUCAGUAACUGUUUAAGUGUGCAUAAAUUCCUGACAUGUCACAAUAA